GUGUAGCCGCGCCGCGCGCGUCGCCGGGAGCCUUCAGCAUCACAGAGGAGAGCCAGGCAGGCGUCUCUGUGACUCCGUGACUCCGGCGAGCAGCAAACAGGAGAAGGUCCCAUGCGCAGCUCUCCCACCGGGCUAUGCCUUCCCCUACUCGGGAGGACGGAGCGGCUCCAGCUGACGGCCGAGGUCUGGUGUGCGCCCUGGAGAUGGAGCUGACGAACCGCAGCCUGCCCAGCAAGAUGGAGUGCGUCAGCUGCGACGAGCUGAAGAGUGGAAGCCGCGCGGACUCCCCAGAGGUUUCGGUGCCGCUGGCUCCCCUGGGGAAGCGCGUAACUCACAUGGAGGGAGACGACCUGUGCAGGCUGAUAGACAGAAAGUUUCUGAUAGAGGACAAGAAACGCCUCUGCGCGCUGGCUUUGGGCACCGCUUUGGUGGGGAUCUUGCUGAUGAUAAUCCACGCUGAAAUUUGCCCCUAUGUUUACGAACCGGUUGAACUCAGACAGCAACUCCAGACUGGCUCAAAAGUGUCCUUGGUAAUCAACUGCUCCAUCAGCCUGUCCACUGGGUGUCUCCAUCUCAUCAUAGCCUUCCAUUAUAAGGACAUCAGGCUGUUCAUCAUUGAUCACAAGGAGGUGGACUGGAGAAUAGCUAUAACAAGUCACAGGGUUCUUGUGAUCACCCUGGAGCUGCUGGUUUGUGUCAUCCAUCCAGUUGGCUCGUACUGGGAGAUGGACCUCUACUCCAACUCCUCCUCCGCCGCUCCUCUCUGCAUUUCCAGACACCACGAUAAGGCCCUGCUGGACAUGGAGCUGUUGCUGUCCAUGCUCAUGUUCCUGCGCCUCUACCUGGUUCACAGAGCCAUCCUGCUGCACAGCAAAGUGCUCCUGAGCGCCUCCUACAGGAGCAUUGGCUCGCUUAACAACAUCAACUUCACUUUUCGCUUUGUUCUGAAGGUACUGAUGAACAAACACCCGGCGCGUGUGCUGCUGGUGUUUAUCCUCCUUUUCUGGCUCACAGCGUCGUGGAUGCUGACGCUGUGUGAGAGGCGGUCUGAGUCGCUGACGACGGGCCAAAUGGACACCGCCUUGUGGCUCAUCGCCAUCACCUUCCUCACUGUGGGCUACGGAGACGUUGCACCCAAGACCAGCUGUGGCAAGGGGGUGUGUCUCUUUACCGGUGUCAUGGGUGUUGCCUGCACUGCUAUGCUGGUGGCCAUCGUUACCGAGAAGCUGGCGCUGAACAAAGGAGAGAAGCAUGUGCACUUCUUCAUGAUGGACAUCCAGAUUUCUAAAAGGAUCCGGCACGCUGCUGCUAAUGUUCUGAGAGAAUGCUGGCUGCUGCACCGUGCUAGCCCGAAGGGCAGCCGGGACGAGCUUCGACGACACCAGCGAUGUCUUCUGGAAGCCAUCAGAGUAUUUCGACAUUUGCGCCUCAAACAAAGAAAACUGAGAGAUUAUGUCAGUGAGAUGGUCGACCUCCCAAAGAUGCAGAUGAUCAUGUGUGACCUCAGCGCCAACUGGAACAACUCCUACCGAGAGCUGGAGCAGAGGAUUCUCUUCAUGGAGCAGAAGCUGGACGAGUUGACUCGCUGCUUCCAGCAGACUUCAGAGCUGCUAUUUGAGGUCCUACGUCACAGAAACCCUGAGAUCAGGUGACAUGGCUGCAAGCACUUUCUUUGCCCUACAUGUCGGUGUCUGCUGCAUUUCCGUCUGCAGGUCCUGGCUGUCCAGAG